GUGCUUCUUCUUGGCUCUUUCAGCAACUUGGCUAUGGGGUGGCUAUAUUAAAGGCUGUGGACUUUCAGGAAGAAACCGCUUGUUCCAUCCAACUGUCUUGUGUUAAUUCACCCUGUUUGGCAUUUGCAUUGAUAAUGCCCGCCACGCUUGACAUCAUACCCUUGUGCGCCACUCUCCUCGACGCUUGCUCCUCCGCCAAAACUCUCCAAAACCUUAAACGCCUUCAUUGCCGGACCAUUAUACUUGGCAUUUCCCACCACGACUUCAUACGGACCAAGCUCGUCUCCUCCUAUGCCUCUUGUGCCCAAUUACACCAUGCCAAUGUGCUCUUCUCCUUCGCCACUCGCCAGCCCACCUUCCUCUUCAACACCCUUAUCAGAGCCCAUGCGUCUCUUGGUUUGUUCUCUCAUUCCCUAUUCAUCUUUCACCAAAUGCUCAUUAUUGGCAAGUCCAUUGACCGCUACACCUUGCCUCCUGUUCUCAAAUCUUGUGCUGGAUUGUCGGCUCUGAGACUUGGCCGCCAGGUACACGGGAUAGUUUUGGUUAAUGGAUUCGCCUUAGAUACGACGAAUUCGAAUGCAUUGAUUACCAUGUAUGCGAAGUGUGGUGAUUUGGUCAAUGCCCGUAAGGUGUUCGAUGAAAUGUCGGUGAAGAAUGAGAUAUCUUGGUCUGCAAUGAUGGCAGGGUAUGGAAUGAAUGGAAUGUUUAAUGAGGUGUUUGAGUUGUUUGAGAGGAUGGUGGAGGUAGGAGAGAGGCCAGAUGGUGUCACUUUUACAGUGCUUCUGACAGCGUGUAGUCAUGGGGGGUUGAUAGAAAGGGGAAAGGAGUAUUUUGAGAUGAUAGAAAGGAGGUUAGGAGUGAGACCAGGGCUAGAGCAUUAUACUUCGAUGGUGGAUAUGCUGGGAAGGGCGGGGCAGGUCGAGGAAGCGGAGAAAUUAAUUUUAGAAAUGGAGGUGGAGCCUGAUGAAGCUUUGUGGGGGGCCUUGUUGGGGGCUUGUAGGAUUCAUGGGAAGGUGGAGGUGGCUGAGAGGGUGGCUGAGAAGGUUUACGAGAAGAGACGUGGUGUUGCAUCUAUGUGAAUCAUUUAAGUUAUUCUUCAUCGUGAAUUUUGUUUAUAUGUCAAGUUGUUUUUAUAUAACUUAUAAAAUUGCAAAAAACGUGUUCCAUCAAAUUAAUGUUCAGAAUCUUCUGGGACGUGUUUCCAUCUCUAUUUUCUUUUUCUCCAAGUUUUCCAAUGUGUACGUAUCAACCAAUUCAAAACGGAGGUCUUAUAUUUGAAUUUGCUUCGUAACAACAACCAGAAAAUCCGAACUAGCAUUCUGGAUCCACAAUGUCGCCUCCUGCCGAGUAAUAUUCUCUUGACCUUCUCUUUCCCUUCCCAAAUUCUUUUUUUCUUUUUUGUUUUAUGUUCUUUCUGCUGAAUUUUAUUGGUUCCCGAAUCAGGCCUUUGAUUAUAAGCCUUUUUGGUGAUUUUGAUAUUACAAGUCUUGUAUUAUUUUUGUCGGAAAUUGCUGCCGUCUUUCAUUGUAAUGUAC